AUGGAAAGAUUUGAUGUGUCCGAUAUGAGCAACGCUCUGAAUGAGAGCACGGCAAACGAACCCAAACUACCCAACGAAGCUGCAAGCGCUGCUCGCGAGAAGGGGUGGACAACUCCCGAACAGUACGAUUACGAGAAGUACAACGCGACUGUUGCGCCACUGGGCCCUUCCCAGAACGGCGGGGAAGAAAACCUUCCGGCAUGGGCUGCGCAAGCAGCUAAGUAUGAAUGGCGAGACGACUACGGAGAUGUUGGUCCUCGGAAUCCGGCCCUAGAGGAGCAGUUGUACCGUGGCGAGUACAUCAACAGGACCGGUCUGAAGAUUGGAAACCUCCAGAACAUUGAGGUCAUUGCCGAGAGUCGUGAGAGACCAAGUCCUGUCAAGAGCUUUGACGAGGCUGGCCUGCACCCGAUUAUUCGAGAGAAUAUCCGGCUGUGCAGAUAUGAGGUUCCAACUCCUAUUCAAGCUUACACCAUUCCGGCCGUACUCACUGGACAUGACUUGAUUGCUAUCUCUCAAACCGGGUCUGGAAAGACUGCCGCUUUUCUGAUUCCCGUCCUUUCACAGCUGAUGGGAAAGGCUAAAAAGCUGGCGGCGCCUCGUCCGAAUGUCGCAGAUGGUUACGAUCGAAUGCUUCACCGCGUUACGGCCGAGCCUUUGGUGCUCAUCGUCGCUCCUACUCGUGAGCUUUCGACGCAGAUUUUUGAUGAAGCGCGUCGGCUUUGUUACCGAUCCAUGCUACGCCCUUGCGUUGUAUAUGGCGGUGCUCCGAGUCGCGAGCAGAGAGAAGAUCUAGAGAAGGGUUGCGACAUCCUCAUUGCGACCCCUGGCAGACUGUUGGACUUCAUGAACCAGAAUAAAGUCCUCUCGCUUCGACGUGUGAAGUAUACAAUUAUCGACGAGGCCGAUGAAAUGCUUCUCUCGGAUUGGGAGACUGAAUUCCAGAGGAUCAUGUCUGGUGGUGAUGUCAACGAGGACGCCGAUCAUCGUUACAUGAUGUUUUCGGCCACUUUUGAUAAGGGCUGUCGUGAGAUGGCGCGUAGGUUUUUAGCUGCCGACCAUGUUCGCGUGCGCAUCGGCCGGCCUGGUAGUACUCACCUCAACGUCGACCAGAAUAUCAUCUACGUCGAGCCGGGCAUGAAGAAUCGGUGCCUCUAUGAUCUGAUCAUAGCGAUGCCGCCAUCACGUACUCUGAUUUUUGUCAAUUCGAAAUCCCAGGCUGAUUUUGUGGACGAUUAUCUGUACAACAAUAAGCUUCCAAGCACCUCAAUCCAUUCUGACCGCAACCAGAUUGAGCGAGAAGAUGCCCUACGUGCUUUCCGUACUGCCAGAUGCCCUAUCCUUGUGGCCACUGGUGUUUCUGCUCGCGGGCUUGAUAUAAAGAAUGUCAUGCACGUUAUCAACUAUGAUCUCCCUCGUGUCCAGCAUGGUGGAAUCACUGAAUACGUUCAUAGGAUCGGACGCACUGCGCGCAUUGGCAACGAAGGUCUUGCUACUUCGUUCUACAAUCAUGACCAUGAUUCAGAUCUUGCACCGGAAUUGGUGAAGCUUCUGAUGGAAACCAAACAAACAAUCCCCGAUUUUCUCGAAUCUUAUAUUCCUGAGGAUAAGGUUGUCAAGUUUGACGAUGAUACUGACGACGAGAACGAGAAAAACGACAAUACCGGUGGCGAUACUGACGCUUCCUGGGGAGGGAUGCCAAUGGAUUCUGGAGAUGCCCCCCCGGUCGCACCCGACGCCAAUUGGGAUUUCUAGUAUACCCCUGGCUUUACUGGCCAUAUGCAAUCCGUGGUUCGUCGUGGAUGCCGUCUUUGGAACCGAGCGU